CUACGGAAGCCGGGUGGCAGCGGGGAAGACGAGCUCGCACAAUGGCGGCGGGGCCUAGUGUGGCUAUGCAGGGAAGUCCCGCAACGGAACUUUCCCUCUCCGUUCCCCAAGGGGGGACCCAGUCCCACUUGGACCGGGUCAAAACGGAAGAGGUGACGGAAGCUGAGAAGCAGAGUCGCAUCACGGUCUUACUGGAGAGGCUUCACGCCAAACACAAUGCUGCCCGCCCGUGGCAGGAGACCUCGAAAGUUGUACGCCAGGCCAUGGAGAAACGCGGUAUGAUGAACGCUUCUGGUCACCAGCUGCUGCUCACUUGUUUGGAGACCCUGCAGAGGGCACUAAAAGUCUCAUCUUUACCCUCCAUGACAGAUCGUCUUGAGUCCAUCGCAAGACAAAACAUGCUGGGCUCCCACCUGAGCCCAUCUGGAACCGAGUGUUACAUCACCUCAGAUAUGUUUUACGUGGAGGUGCAGCUCGACAGCGCUGGUCAGCUUGUGGACGUCAAAGUUGCUCAUCAAAGAGAAAACCCAACGAGCUGCCCCGAGUUGAUUCAACAUCUAAGGGAGAAGAACUUUGAGGAGUUUUCCAAACAUCUUAAGGGACUUGUUGACCUUUACAAGCUUCCCGGAGACAAUAAAUUAAAAAGCAAGAUGUAUAUCGCGCUGCAGUCUCUGGAGCUCGAUCUCACUAAGAUGAUGCACAUGUUCCGGGUGGCAACCAAUGCUAAUACAGUGGAGACGAUUCUACAUGGUAGUGUGGGCCUGCUGACAGCCAGAAGUGGUGGCCAUCUUGUUUCCCUUCAGUGUUAUGUCUCCCCGUAUGACAUAUUUGAGGAGGUAAUGGGUGUCCACCCUAACUUGACAGACGCUAAUGUGCCACGCUCACUGGGUGUCAGCGUCUCGGUCACCAUCGAGGGGACGCCCAACACCUGCAAGCUUCCUAUUGCGCCACUUAUCACCGGCUCUCACCCAGUGGACAACAAAGGAACGCCUUCCUUUUCCACAGCGAACAACUCCAACUGUGUGGACCUGCCAGCUUGUUUUUUCCUCAAGAUGGACCGCCCCAUGCCUUUCUCCCUGUCCUUUAUUCAAAGACUGGGCAAUGCUACAGGUAUUCCCGUAUUUGAGAGCACCCCCAGCUUGUCCACCCUGUAUCAGCUAAUAGUCCAGAGCCAGCUGCAGCCCAUGGAGGAGGGGAGCACUACAUUGCCACCUUCACAUAACAUGCACUUCUACUCAGUGUUGCCAGACCAGCAGCACUGUUACUUUCUGAAUGGCGACGCCCCAGUGCAGGAUGGUCAUUCUCUCCAAGGCGCCUUGGUUACCAAGAUCCCCUUCCGCCACCCGGCUCAGGUGCCCCUCCUGCUGGACAUCAUCCGGCACCAAGCAGCCUUCAACACCUUGAUUGGCAGCUGUGUGAAGCGGGCUUCCAUUAAAGAAGACAAUGUAGGCCUUUUGCAGUUUGAGGUUUGUCCUCUGACGGACUCCAGCUUCAGCGUCUCUUUUCAACAUCCUGUCAAUGAAUCAUUAGUCUGUGUUGUAAUGGAUGUGAUAGAUUCCAGGCAGGUGUCCUGCAAACUAUACAAAGGACUGUCAGAUGCUCUGAUCUGUACUGAUGUAUUCAUUACCAAAGUGGUCCAAAGAUGUAUGUCCAUCCCUGUGACGAUGCGGGCCAUCCGGAGGAAAGCGGAGACUAUCCAGGCAGACACUCCAGCCCUCUCUCUGAUAGCACAGACUGUAGAGACCAUGGUGAAGAACAAUCCACCACCAUCUGGCAGUCCCACCUACAACAUGGCAAGCGGAGAAGUAGCAAACCCAAUGGGACUUUUGGGACUCACGGGCGGAAGCACACCUACUGGAGCAGGGCCCUCCGGUGGGUCCAAUUUUGCUGGUCAAAUCACGUCUCUCUUGGCGAUGUCUCGGAAUGAAAGACCGGUCCAAGGAGCAGACAGUCAAACUCAAGGCGGGAUGACCGGGCAGCAGCAGUUACAACAACAGCAGCAGCAGUUACAACAACAGCAGCAGCAGGGUCAAGGUCAUUCGGAUGACUUCAACAAAGUGACUCAGAACCCAAUCCUGACGAGUCUUCUCCAGAUAACGGGAAGUGUCGGUUCAAGUCCCAGCUCCCAGAACGCACCCCAGCCCCAUCAGACUCCGCCUCCGACGUCGUCACCCGCCAGCAACACUAAGAAUCAUCCCAUGUUGAUGAACUUGUUGAAAGACAACCCCUCGCAGGAUUUUGCCGCGUUGUACGGCUCCAGUCCCUUAGAGAGGCAGAAUUCGUCAUCAGGGUCACCUCGUACUGACAGCAUGGGUGGGGCUUGCCCUGCAGGUGGCACAAAAGGCAAGAAAAAGCGGCUUCGAGUGGGAGAAAAGGGUGCCGUGAUGCCUGGGACUCCUGGUGCAGGGGGAGCAGGAGGCGCUUUAGGCAUGAAACCUCAACAGGGCUCCUCAAUGUCGCAGCACCUUCAACACCACGCUGUCACACACGAGGAUGACUUCCACCGUGAACUUCUUUCUAUGGACGUCGAUGCAUCCCAGAACUCUAUCUUUGACGUUAACCUGGCAGGUGACGGCUUGGACACGCCCCACAGCAUCACUCCAGCUCCGAGCCAAUGCGGAACACCGCCCUCUGGGCCCAGCAUUUCUUAUCCGCCGUCUCACGUUCAGCCGCAGCAACAACCACCACCGGGUGUCGUACCGCCCCGCAUGGUGCGCCUCUCCAGCUCUGAUAGCAUCGGACCAGAUAUCACGGAAAUUUUGUCCGAUUUGCCAGAACAAACCGGCAAAACCAGCGGUGGAAAUCAGCAUCCUAUGGGUGGGGGUGUGGAUGAUGGAGGGCCACUGGGAACCCCCAUCCGUGACUCUUCAAGUUCAGGGCAAGGCAGUGCGGUGUUUGACUCGGCGGACAUCUUCAACACCAACAGCAACGAGAAUCCUUUUCCCGAUGCUGCUGACUUGAUUGCUGAGGCGGCCGCCACACCCACUAGCGACGCGUCCUCCACUAACUUUUUCCCCGAUGCUGCCGACUUCAACCCUGAUCUUCUGAGCUCAGGUCAUGGCUGCUUUGAGGACAGCUCACCAAGUGCAGAUGGAGAUCUGGACCUAGUCAAGGGCUUCGGCGGGAACAGUCAGCAAAAUACGCCAUCAGGUACACCCCAGAAUCCCACACCGCAUGGACAAAACACCCCUGAACCUUCGCUGAAAGACCCCUUUGAUAUGGGGAUAUUUUUCGUAGGCAACAGCGGCUCUGGUAAACCUCUUCUGGGACAAGCUCCUGAUCUGGGAGACACACAUGUGGGAGGCUCACAGAGCCCCCUCAUGAUGGGCUUGGGGCCGGCAUGUGUUGAUUUUAAAAGUACAGACUCCAAAGUCAAACAGCAGAGUCUCAUACGGCAAAAGGACGAGAACGGAGGCAGUGGGAGUAGCAGCUCUGGAAUGGGAAGCAUGUCAACGGAAGGCAAACAGGUCAAACGUAGCAGGACUCCAUCUAGUGAGGGCAAGUCCAAAGAUAAGCCCGCUAAGCGUAAAAAAAUGGACCCUGACGGGAAGUCGCCUUCCCACAGCUCAGGAGGACGACCGUACACACCUCCCAGUGGUGGCUCUGGCUCCGGCGGUUCCAAGUCUCCAGGGAGUUCCGGAUGUUCACAAACGCCACCCGGCGGCGCCACACCGCCCAUUCCCAAAAUUACAAUUCAGCUUCCUAAAGGGACGAUAACUGGUGGGAAAACCUCCCACAGCGGCUACACAUCUAGCAGCUCAGCGUCAGGCGGCACAGGAGGGGCAGGCGGGACCAGCAGCAGCAAAAGCCACCAUUCCCAUUCAUCUUCUGGGAAGAUCAAGUCCAAGGAAGGUUCCAUGACGCAAGGCAACAGCUCCAAGUCAACAAGUUCCGCAGGAAGUAGCGGAGGAUCAUCCCAGUCCAAAAGUUCCUCUCAGGGAUUGGGAGUUGGCAAACCGGGAUCUUCACCAAUCACCAAACAUGGACUCUCUGGUGCAGGAAGUAGCGGAGGUGGAAUUGGGAGCAGCAACAAGAUCAAAACUCAGGGCGGUAAGCCUCCCGGUUCGCUAAUGAAUCCCAACAUAAAGCCCAACAUCUCCCCUUCUCACUCCCGCUCCAGUAACUCAAGUGAGAAGUUGUCUUCCCCCAUGAAGAUCCAGCAGUCCCAGGUACCGGGAACACCGCCUUCUUUGAAGGCCAAAUCACCAAUGGGAGGCAGCUCUGGAGGGUCUAAGUCUUCUUCCAGUGGAGGUAUGAGCUCCCAGAAGCCAAUGACCUCCUCUGCUUCCACUUCUUCUUCCUCGUCGUCAUCCAUCUCGUCCUCGUCUUCAUCUGCUUCAAUGGGCUUCUCCGGAGGUUCCCAGUCUCAGUACGGGGGCAGUGGAGGUGGAGGAGGAGGAGGAGGAAGCGCAGGUGGGGGAAGUGGAGGAGGGGGAAGCAGCAGCGGUAGUGGCUCAGGUCAGAACAACGCCAACAACCCAAACGCCAAGGGAAAGUCUCCAAGUCGAAAUAAGAAACCCUCUCUGACCGCCGUCAUUGACAAACUGAAAAGUGUGGGCGGUGGAGGGGUGGGAGAGGAUGGUUGUGAAGUCGGACCACCUGGGGGCGGACCGGGUUCUGGUACCCCGGCUGGCAGUGGUCCCGGAAACGUCCCCAACGUUGGCCCUUCAAACCUAGGUGCAACAAAGCACGCAUCAUCCUCGCAAAGUGGCGACUACAAGCGGGAAAAGUCUGAUAAAGAAGGGAAAGCGAAGGUGUCCGUUUCCGGAGGUAGCAGCGGAGAUAAAAAGAUGAUGGACCCCAAAACAGGCGGUGUGAGCGGGACCGGCCUGGCCAAGAUCAUCAUCAGCAAACCCGAUGGUGGCUCGCCCAGCAUCAAGGCCAAAGUCACCUUGCAGAAAGGAGGCGAAGGCCCCGGCGACUCCAUGCGACCGCAGAUCUCCAGCCUCAAAGCGUCCCCCCUCUUUAGCGGCUCCACCCCCAAGCACGACCGCUCCUCGCCUAGCCACAGUCGCUCGCCAGGACACACCCCGCUCAACCACGACAGCGAGAGCGAAUCGGGCUGCAGCUCGGUGGCAGAGAAGUCCCACCAGAACAGCCCCAGCUCUGACGACGACCAGACGGUGCGACCGCUACCCGCCCAGGACUACAUGAGCUCCAUGCCGCUCAGCUCAGGGGAGAAACACAAGAAACACAAAAAGGAGAAGAAGAAGCAGAAGGAGAAGGAGCGAGAGAGGGAGCGAGAUCGGGAACGGGAGAAAGAGAAGAAGAAGUCCUCCAUGUCGGUGGGGCCAUCCUCGCAUUCAAUGAAGGCGGACAGCUGGUCCCGAUCCCCCAUCUCUGCUUCCGAAUCUUCUUUGUCUAUGCUUAGCUCGGAGCGGGCGUCCCGAUCCAGUCCCUUGUAUAUGAGAAACGAAGACGACGACCUCAUGGACUCAGCUCUCACUGGAAACCUUUAAGUGUUUUGUAUUCGUCUUUUAUUUUGUACUACAAGCAGUUUAACCUCAUAGAAACUCGUAUUUAUUUAUGGUCACAAAUUGAGUCAUCAUCGGCCUGUUUUAUCUGACCACCCAAGUGUUUGGAUUGGGAUGACAAGUAUUCACUCAUUUUAGGAUAACAGUAUAUCUUCACCGACCAUGUUGCCUCCAUUGUUAAAAAAAAAGAAUAGAAUAGUUUGAAAUGUAAAAAAUUGAUGAUUCAAUAUAGGUUUUGAUACAGUUGUGGGCGGAUGAGAAUACAUUUUGUAUUGUUUAUUUUAAUGAGUGCAUUAAAUGUCUUAACAUGAA